AUGACGAGUAUAUCGAAUGUUGAUGAUGAAUUGGCAAUCAAGGUGGGAAAAUUAUAUGUGGACACUAACAAGGAAUUUGAAGAUCAACUUGCUCUUGAAGUUGAUUCUCUUCGUUCUGAAGAAAAAAAAAAAGAUCUUGAUGAUCUGGCCAUUAUUCAAUCAAAAGCGACUGAACUUCAAGCAAAAGCGACUGAACUUCAAGCAAAAGCGACUGAACUUCAAGCACAAGCAGCAGCAGCAAAAAAACAAGCUGAUGAAAAAUGGGAACAAUGGAAAAGAAAAUAUGAUUCAAUUUAA